AUGUACCGGUUAGGACGUUUUGGAGCCACGCGUCGGUCUCCACGAUUUAUUCAAAUACGAUUGCAGUCUUCGCUUAAACGCAGUGUUUUCCCUAGCAAAGCGGAGACUCUUGCUAAAUGGCCAGUCGAGUUUCCUAGAUCAACAACGUCAAUAGGUACUCUGGACCAGGAAGACCAGGGGAAAAAUAUAGUGUGUAAUGGCUGGAUUGAUAAAAAGGCCAAGAAAGUCGGCAAGUCACUUGUUUUCGGGUCGUUGCGCGAUGUAGACGGCCAAACAAUCCAGCUUGUCGAUGCUAACUCGCCAUCAGUCGUGCGCUCACUUAAGCAAGAGAGUGCGGUAUCGAUUGAAGGAAAACUAGAGGCACGCACUACUCCGGACGGCGGACGUGCUUGGGAUCUUGUGGUUUCAAACGCUACUGUUUUAAAUGAAGCCAGCGUUGUUGGAUCUCAGCUUCAAACAGGCCACACUAAGGAGUGGCCACCUCAGUAUCGUUACUUACAAUUGCGUGGCCCUCAAUUCCAGGCAAAUUUAAAACGCCGUGCAAAGAUCAUGCGUGUAUGCCGAGAUGUUCUUGACAAGCUUGGAUUUACUGAGAUUGAAACACCAUUACUCUUCAAGUCAACACCAGAAGGAGCGCGUGAAUUUCUUGUGCCUACCAGAAAGAAAGGUUUGAUGUAUGCGUUACCUCAAAGCCCUCAGCAGUAUAAGCAGUUGCUUAUGGCUUCUGGCAUUCACAAGUAUUAUCAGAUCGCACGAUGCUUCCGCGAUGAAGACCUGCGAGCAGAUAGACAGCCUGAGUUUACCCAACUGGAUAUGGAAAUGAGUUUUUCUAACGGAGGUGAUGUGCGUACUGUAGUUGAGAAUGUGGUCAAGACUGUAUGGGCUGAUGUUGCUAGUAAGGAUUUGUUGACGUUUGACCCUGCCACCAAAACCAAGCUUGUCAAAGCUGAUAAUUUGACCCACUUGACAUAUGAUGAGGCCAUUUCUCGGUUUGGUAUAGACAAGCCAGAUAUUCGUUCUAGUCUGGAAAUUGUGGACACAACAGGGUACGCACGAGCUGUCGAUCAUGAGGGCUUUGAUGUUUUUGAGAUUCUUGUUAUACGCAAUGGCAUGAAUGAAUCUCCUGGACUGGCCAAGAAACUUGCGGAUCCAUUGCAUUACAAGGCACGAGUACCACGUGUGGUGGCGCUCAAGUCAGAGUCUGCACUUGCUGGAUGGUCAGAAAAGUUUUCCGGGUUAGCUGAAUUUGAUGACUUGGCUGGGCUCCAGAAGAAGCUUGAGCUUAAGGUUGGCGAUAUUAUUGCUGGUUCGACCCGCCGUGUCAAAAACUAUGAAAAUCCUACACCUUUGGGUCGUCUACGAACUGUUGCAAUCCAGGAAACAUUGCCUCUUGGAAAAUAUCAACGAGAAACAGAUGUUCCUGAAUCACUUGUGGAUGAAUUUGCAGCUAUUUGGGUGACUGAAUUUCCUCUGUUUAAUCCGGUGGAGGUUGACCAACCUGCAGACGCGAAGUAUCCUGAAUAUGACACAACACAGUAUGUUUCAACACAUCAUCCCUUCACCAUGGCCAACACUGCAGAUUACGAUAAGUUGGUCACUGAGCCUUUGGAGGUUCGUGGACAGCACUACGAUUUAGUUCUGAAUGGCGUUGAACUUGGUGGUGGCAGUACGCGUGUGCAUGACACAGCCCUGCAGCGAUAUAUUUUUGACAACAUCUUGCGCAUUGACAACUCGCAUGCGCUGUUUGGACACCUUCUUGAGGCCUUUGAUACUGGAUGUCCGCCACAUGCUGGUCUGGCUAUUGGUUUCGAUCGCAUGACAGCUAUGCUUUCUGCGACCGAGUCUAUUCGCGAUGUGAUUGCGUUCCCCAAGAGCAUUACAGGUGCUGAUCUUAUGAUUGGAAGCCCAAGUGUUUCGACUGAAUCGCAGUUGCGACCAUACUUUAUUAAAGUUAUAGAUUAA